AUGAGGACUAAAAUUGGAGGAGUUCCUGUAACCUGUGGUUUGCCAUUCAUUGGCAUGACCAAAGAAGAAAUGAAAUUGAUCCAUGCACCGUUCCUAAUCAGCUUUGACAAAUUCAUGCGACUGGGACGUAUAUUUGGUCACUACCAUUGGAAUCCAUUCACAAUCAAACGAGUGUCAGUCGCUCAUCCCAAGGUUAUCAGAGAAAUCUUGCAGUCCGAGUAUCUAACGUACGACCACGGGGCUGAGCAAUUCAAAAUUUGGUAUGAUGUCGCGGGAGGUCUUGUUUUUCAAGAAAACGAGCCCUAUUGGGGCUCAGCACGUAAUUUGUUCAACCCCUUCUUUACUUUGCCAUGGAUGAAGAAGAUGAACCCACUGCUCACGGAAAUGAUGGACAACCUUAUGAAGAGUAUGGAAAGAGACAUGGAACGCACGCCAACUGGCUUCGACUGCCAGAUCUUAUUCUUAAGAAUGACCUUUGAUACCAUAUCUCGUAUGACGUUCGGUGUCGAUACACACACUCAGAUGCAUGAAGGUUCCAAGUACCUGGCUGCAUUUCAAUACAUGAUGACAGAUUGUAUGCGUCGUACGUUGCGCCAGCUGGUAGUACCUGCUUUUUUAAACGCUCCUGGGGCAGAAUAUAAGAGACAGACCGCUACCCUUCGAUCACUAUGCUACGACUCUAUUGAUGAAAUGGAGAGCGGGGUAUAUGAUCCAAAGAAGGCCGACUCGAUUCUCUCUGUGAUUUGGAGUGGCAAGAAAAUUCCAGAGUGGAUGAAUAGAGAGGAACUAGCAACGCAUUUGGUCACACUCAUGUUUGCAGGUCACGAUACUACGAGCAACUUGUUGACCUGGAUGAUGUAUUACUUGAGCCAGCAUCAAGACUAUCAAGAAAGAAUCCGUCAAGAGGCUUACGCUACCUUUGGCAAGGACGGUCCCAUCUCGGCCGAGGGUCUAGAAAGCCAACGCUUCACCAACGCAUUCAUCAAAGAAACUCUCAGGUUGAAACCAAGUGGUCCAGAACUAGCCCGAAGGCUGAACAGAGAUUUUGAAAUGGACUGGACUGACGAGGAUGGUGAAAACCAUCAUCUUGAACUGAAGAAAGAUACCCUGAUUUCAUACAGCAUUUACGGUGUACAGAAUCAUCCUCUGUCGUACCCUGAUAGGACUGCAGAGUUCAUUCCCGACAGAUUUAUGGUUGAUCCAUUAGGAUCUGCAACUUCAGUAUAUGCAUAUAUUCCCUUUAGUUAUGGUCCAAGAAGAUGCCUCGGCGAACGUUUGGCUUUAACGGAAGCUCGCUGGUUGACGAGAAAGUACAAAGUAAUACCCGCGGAAGACUGGAAGUGUGAAGUAGCUGCCGAAGGAAAUAUGAGGGCCAGAUAUGGAAUCGGUUUGAGACUUGUACCUUUGUGA